AUGUGGUACCAGAGAAAGACAGUGCUGCUCGCCAUCCUUGUGUCUGUGGUACUGGUACUGGUUCUGCUUCACUCAUAUUCCACUCGGGCCUACAACACGGUGGACCUGUGCCAACAGCUCGGGGCGACAAAGGAAAGGCACCUGGAGGAGAGGCUCCCAGAACAGGAACUGCGGCUGAGCAACAUCCACUUUCAAGUCAGGAAAAGUGUAUCAGACUUGCUGGAACGUAAUGGGUGCGUUUGUGAGGCUGAGAGACCAGUAGAAAACCUACACUUUGACCAGCUGCUGUUCCCAAAGUUGUCAGUUCAGUCCCUGCACACUGCCUCCAACACCUCUGAGCUGGGGAAAAUGAAAAUGAGACGAGCUAAGGAGUACAAAGCUUUUCAACAGAGAUCCAGGACUGCUGCAGACACGCUCAUGAUCACCAAGGCCAACAAUCCCCUGCAGUAUCCAACACAGGGGGUGGAAGUACGGCCCCUGAAAACAAUCAUCAUUCCAGGCUUGGCCUUACACGACCUUCCCAGAGACCAUUACACAAUAAACAUUACUGCCACGCUAGGAACACUAAACGUAGCAGCAGAAGUGGAGGGAGUGAAAAUAAAAGGUGAUGGAGGGAUGCAUAUGAGUCUGUCCAGCAGUUUGCUGCUGAACUUGAACCGACAGCUGCAGUUUGUCACCUACACAAACACAAUGUUUCAUCCCAACACUGCUGACACAGUGGAGUUUGAGACAGAAGGUCAUCAAGCUGCCUUCAGCAUCAAGAUCCGUCAUGGAGUGACUCCAAAACUUUAUGACACUGGACCUCAGGAAGAGUACAACGUCAGUGCGCUUGUUACCGUAGCGACAAAGACCUUCCUGCGUUAUGAAAAGCUUCAAAAGCUAAUUGACAGCAUCAGAAAAUACUACCCCACAGUCACGAUAGUAAUUGCUGAUGACAGCGAGAACCCAAAAACCAUUUCUGGGCCUUACAUCGAGCAGUACAUCAUGCCUUUUGGGAAGGGUUGGUUUGCUGGACGAAACCUGGCUGUUUCCCAAGUCACAACCAAAUAUGUGCUUUGGGUGGACGAUGACUUCUUCUUCACAGCCAAUACCAAGCUGGAGAAGCUCAUAGACGUUUUAGAGAGGACCACUCUGGAUCUGGUUGGGGGUGCAGUAGAUGGUGGUACCUUCAGACAAACCAUCUCCAUCGAGCCAGGAGAGGACAACGGAGACUGCUUACACAUCAGAAAAGGAUUUCAUCAUGUACUUGAGGGAUUCCCUCACUGUGUUGUGACAGAUGGAGUCACUAAUUUCUUCUUGGCUCACACGGAUAAACUCCGACAGGUCGGCUUUGACCCCCGUCUCAACAGGGUAGCUCACAUUGAAUUUUUCAUCGAUGGCCUUGGAUCUCUCUAUGUUGGCUCCUGUGAUGACGUCACCAUCGAUCACCAACCCAAAGUCCAUCGAUCACCGGCUGAUCAGUCCUACAACGAGGAUAUGUACAACAAAUUUCGCAACCCUAGUACCUUCUCUGACUCCCAAAAUAUAAAAUACGGCCUGAUGUACUUCAAAAACCGUUUGCAGUGCCAGACUCGUAAUUAGCAUUCACAUCUGCCCUGGUCUCUCUGAAGGGCAGAUUCUUCCUGAAUCUCCAAAGAUGUUUUUCUCCACCCUGCACUGGCAGAUAAAACUUGUGGCAGCUUGGUUUGUUCUGCUGUCAUCUGCCUUUGAGGCAGUUCUGUAAAAACCUCAAGAGAGGGUUGAAGGGAGAUUUAUUCUGGAAUGACGACAGAAAUCUGGUUGCACCUAGACCGCAGGUGUCAAACUCCAGUCCUUAUGGACCACUGUUCUGCAGUUUUUAGACGUGCCACAGGUACAAAACACUGGAAUGAAAUGGCUUCAUUACCUCCUCCUUGUGUAGAUCAGUUCUCCAGAGUCUUAAUGAUCUAAUUAUUCUAUUCAGGUGUGGUGCAGCAGAGGCACAUCUAAAAGCUGCAGGACACUGGCCCUUGAGGACUGGAGUUUGACACCCCUGGACAGUCGUCUUUUUAGGCCCGAUCACCUAAAGUGUUGCGAUGGAAGGAUUUUUUCUUUUUAUUUUUUUCUGCCACUUUACGUGGCUUUUUGAAGGCCCUUAAUAUACUCAAAAAUUCAGAUAGGCACCAGCACCCCGCCUGAGCCCUCUAAGGGACAAGGGUGUACAGAAAAUGGAUGGAUGGAUUCUCUUGAUAAAAACUGUUGUUGGGGGUAAAAUUGAUCUAUUGUUAACAAUUAUCAGCAAUAAUCAUGUUUAAUGUGUUUGUAAUCUGAAAAAGCAUGUAAACUCAGUUAAAGAUGAUCAGAGUUUAAUGAAGGAUGUUGACUCUUAAUGGUGUGAAGUGUCAGGCAGAGUUUAGGGGAAAGGUUAUGAAAAAGAGAAACUGAAGGGAGAGCAAGAAUGAUCAACCAGAGCACGAGAGGCACGAACCCAGGCCAAAGAGAAACCAAAGAAAGGAGUGUGCUGAUCGACAAACAAAAGGUCUGACCAAAGGAGAAACUGAAACCACUGAUGAUGAUGGUAGGAGCGUGAUCUUUAAUUGUUCCCAGUUCAAGAACCUUUAAUGUCCAUUUAAGCAGAGCGACUCUGGUUUUCCUUCCAACCAGUCAACUGUCUUACAGCUAAACAGACUAAAAAGGCCUUUAAAAAGUUGCGUGUGAGAAAAUCACCUCAAGGACCUCCAAAAUCUGCAGUUCUAAAUUGGACCUCUUCCAUCAUGCAGGCCCUGGGAGAUCCCAGUAUUCACAGGGAGGUAAAGGCUCAUCAGACCUGCAGGGACGCCUGCCUUCAUCAGCCAGUUCUGUGAGGUACAUGCUGCUGCGACUCUUCCUUCAUCAUCAGGCCGGUACUGGGGUUCCAAUUCCUUCCUCCGUCUCUCAAAGUCUCCUUUUAGUGCUCUCAGUUUCAGAAGUAGGGAUAGAUGUGCUACAGUUGAUUUUACCAUAUAUUUUGUUGAUUUACUGUUGGCACCUGUUUGCUGCUGCAGGAUUAACCUGUUACUGGCCUCUGCAAAGCGUUACUAAAUAAAGAAUCUUGCUAAA